AAUCCUCAUUACCCUUUUAAGGCCAAGAGAUCUCGCCCCCCGCCGGGGGUUGAAGACUCAGUGCCUUCAUCAAUAUCUUUUACCACUCCUGUGGACCCCAAUUAUACUACUUUGCCCUACGAGAUUCAACAACAUCUUGAACAGCUAGCCCAGUUCUAUGGACUGACGUCUGGCUACCAAAUUCACCAAAUACUCGACCAGGAGUAUUGUAGAAAGAGAAGAAGAGUAGACUCGUCAUCACUUCCCAUGGCCCCUGAGCGUGGAUCAACCUCAUCGCAGGGAUCCUUGGAGAAGCUUCCCGUGUCGACUCCCUUUGACCAGAAUCAAGAGCAAUAUGGCUCGUCUUCAAGCUGGGCCGACUCUACCUCGGCCUCUGGGCCGUCCUCGACUUCACCGAUAACCAGACGUAUAGCUGACUUGAGCCUGCUCCUCUGCCCUUGCUGUGGGUAUGGUCUAAGACAACCAGAUGGGUAUCAACAACUUUCCACCACGCCAGCGGUAGUGCCCGACCAGAGCACGCCGUACGUGGCGGAGAAGCAACCAUCACUGCAAAUUGCGCCUCCUGAACCGUACACCGACACGGUCCUUGGUCUGGAGCAACAGUCUACUUUUGACUACCAGCAACCCGACCUCACCAGCGCCCCUCUGACAAGCUUUCCUCUGUUGCCUGACCAGACGACAUUGGCAGCGCCAUUGAUUAGCGAUGCUGGCCCAAGUCAGCAGCACCAGCUGCCGGCAGGCGACUUCUACCCCAAUCAAUCUCUCAAGCAAGAGACCCAGUUGGAGGGCCAGCCGAUGAUACCAGGCCAGCACCUCAUGACCCAGAAUCUUGCACAGGUUGGGUAUGGUUCCGAUGCCAAUCUCGUCAGCACCACUGGUCUGACCCCGCAUGGGUUGGUAACAGCCGAGGAUAUUUCUCGUUACUGCAUGGCCCCAACUGCGCAACUCGGAGGAGAUGCCUUGCAGGGCGGAUGGCCUGAAGUUCAUCUACUGGAUCAACAACCCAAUUUCGAAAUCAUCUUGCCCAAUCAGCGAGGCGGAAAGCGAGGCCCAUUCAAGGACCCCAGUCUUCGCGAGCAAACCGCCCAGACUCGGAAAAUAGGGUCUUGUAUCAGAUGCAGAAUGCAAAGAAUACGCUGCGAGAACAAUCCUGAUGAGGAAGGGGGACCGUGCCUAACCUGUAAAAAGGUGUCCAACUCGAGGGCAGGACGGUUUCCAUGCCUGAGAUACAAGAUCACAGACAUUCGACUGUUCAAGCCUGGUCAAGUGCCUGGUUAUGAAUGGACACGAAGGUGGAACAACAAUAUCUCGGACCCAAUCCAGAACUGGGCAUCAGACGAGCUCAAAACCAUCUAUAUCUCGGAUGGGCUUUCGGCCAAGUGCGUCAAAAUUGAGGUUCGACAAUUCAUCCCCCAGACUGGCGACAAGCUGGAGCGCACAUGGGACUACAGAGGGACCAAGAGGUCGGUCUCGAUCCCACCAUAUGCACUGGUGAAUCUUGAAGAGGUGAAGGAGGCGUAUCAAGACCACAUCCGAGAUAGCAUGAAGGAUGCCUUCGGACGAUUGCUCGGCCCCCGUAAUGGCCUCUUGUUCAAGACGUAUGAACGCGCUUGGCACAUAUACCAGGACCAGUCGACCUCGACAGAGUGCCAUGACCUUCUCCACCAGACACUGAUGCUGUGGAUGUCGGUCCGUCUGACGACGAGGUCAAGCUUCAUUGUCGGAAAUGAAACGCUGGGCAUGCGUCGUGAUAUCCUGGACGAGACAAGCCCCAACCACGGCAUGAUUCCCCUCCCGCCAGUGCUUGGUGCUCAGCUGGAUCUCAUCUUGAUCCACCACAUCCAAACGAGACUUCGGAGAGAGCUGCUAGACAAAUUGCAGAAGAUGAUGUCCAAGAACAAGCAGAGCACGUGGCUGGUGACGUACCUCGUAGUCUUCAUCCUCUUGCACAACACGGCUCUAAUCACAGCGCACGAUGCCGGGUAUGCGAAGAAGCACGGCAUGAAGCGACGUUUCGCGCGUGAGGAGAAGGUGAAGGAGUACCAUCUCGGAGCCAACAUCCUGUUAGCGCACUUCCACUACUGCAACAAGGGCAUCUACCCCUUCUCGGAGGAUUGCAAAGACCAGGACCUGCGAACCCUGGCAGGCCUGGAUGAGGAAAAGAUCAAAUUUGUGCACACCACCAGCAGCUGCGCCAGGCGGAAUCGGCCGGAGUGGGAAGAGCUCCGACAAGCAGGCGCGUAUGAGCAUGAUUACUUUUUCGUGAGCCAGCUGUUUGAAGCAAAUUGGCAGCCUCGGACCACCAUCUGA